GAAGUUCAGCGAUUGCGGAAGUUGUUCAGUUAAGAGUCCGACUGCCUCUUAGCCCAUCUAGAUGUACACUGUUCAGAAAAGCAUGCCUAGGUAGGCACCUCACUAAGAAGACACCCAUGCUGAAAGUCCACUUAGGAGCAGUUUGAAAGGUUUUGUCAUGGAUCCAGAGGUGUCCCUCAUGCUGCACUGUGAUCCAUUACAAGCUCUUGGAGAACAUCAAACACACAUAGAAAUUUCAGACAGAUUCAAUCGUCAGAGUUUUCCUGAGAUCGAGCAGCACAUCGAAGCCGUGUGGAGUGACAGAGUGACCAAAGAACCGUGGCUCUUCAAUGGCGCUAAAUUCAGACUGCAUUCAGCGGAGCUCUGCGUCACGGAAAACGGACCAAUGGGAGAACAGGCUGUCCAAAACCUAAUGCACUUACAGUGUGGUGAAGGAGAGCAAUUAGAAAGUGGCAAUAAAUCAUUGGAAAGAUUAACAAAAGAUGAGCAAUCAUGUGUGCUAAAAUUACAGUUAGGCCUGACCUGUUAUAAAGACUACCUUGGAACUAACUGGUCACGAGAGGCAGGAAACCUGCAGAGUCAUGGACGGAAUGAAUGUGCAGAUCCACAGGCCUUCCUCGCGCAGCCGCUGGGGGUGGGCGCUGUCAUGGCAACCGCAGAUGGAGAUGUUGUCCUACUGAGGAGAAGUCAGAAAGUGGCAGAGGCUGCAGGACUGUUAGACAUACCUGGAGGUCAUCCUGAGCCAAAGAUGGUGUGUCCAGAGGUCAGUGAGGAGGUCAUAUGUGUUGAGUUUCUGCAGGGUAAGGAGAGAGCCGUUGUUUCAGAGAUCUUCUCCUCUGUGUGUGCAGAGAUCCGUGAUGAGGUGAACGUCCCUGUCAGUUCUCUAAGCAAGCCGUUGUUCAUGGGAAUUGCGCUGAACAACACUAGUGCAGGCCGGCCCAGCGCAGAGUUUUAUGUUCGGUGCACUUUGACGACGGAGGAAGUGAGAGACUUCUAUAGACGUGGAGGUCCUGAGGCCCAUGAGUCCACUGACAUACUGUUUCUCAGUCGAGCGAAAAUGCUCCAGUUAAGCGAGCACUCCCCCCUGUGGUCAGAGAUGUGUCCUUCAGCAAAAGGUGCAGUGCUGCUGUAUCAGAGGGUGAUGCCUGAUUACUGAAUUUAAUCAGAUGCAAAACCGCCUCUGAAUAAUGGCACAAGCAGCAGUCAGUUAAACUUUUAUGAUGUAUCAUUGACAACAUUGUGAGUUGUCUUUCAUACAGUAGUGUAUUGUAUAAGAUACUUGUUUGAAAAAUUGCAAAAACAUACCAUAUAAAUAUAUAUUUUGUAUACUGGUGGAGGAUAAAGGUGUAGUUAAAAUAUUUAUAUAUAGAAGUUCUCGUACUGAAUACAUAUAAAGGUUUCUGUUCCUGCUUUGAAAGUCCAGGAACUCAAAACAGAGAACUAAAAAGAUCAUUUGUACAAUGAAUCAAGCUGUUUAAUUCAAGUCUUAUAAAUAUAUAAAAAAUAUAUUUUGCAGAGAUACCUUUGAAAUAUAUUCUUUGUAAACAGGCUGAAUCUGAAAAAGCAAUUUUUCAUAUUAAAUUAGAAGUUUGAAAACAAA